AUGCCUGACAGACCUUUCCCUAGACAUCAAGUGGAGGUGAGUUGUGAGUAUCUGGUGAAGGCUCAUGUCGGUCAAACCAAAGACACGCCUCAUAGGUUAUCUUCAACUGUGGUCAAACCUGGAGAUAAUGUUACUUUGUCAUGUUCUAUCUCUGGAGAUGGCGCCGGCUUGUUUAACUGGUACAUGAUGAAGUCUGGAUACAUGGUGCUGACAGUUGCAGCAGGAAGUUUUGACAAAGUCACCCUUGACAAGAAAUUUGACAACUCAAGGUUUACGAUCAAAAGAGGGGAUAAUCUGUUCUUUCUCACCAUCAAUAAUGUAAGCAUAGAAGAUGAGGCAACGUACUUCUGUCAAGCUGGAACUCCGUACACAAUGAAGGUUGUUUCUAGCACAGUUUUGACUGUGAAUGAUCAUAAAAAUCACCAGAAAUCUAUCUACCUGAAACAAAUACCGAAGACAGCAUCCGUCCAGGCAGGCGACUCAGUGACUCUCCAGUGUUCAUAUCUCUUUAAGUACAAAGAAACCACAGCCCAGUGUCCAGGUGAACACAGUGUGUACUGGUUCAGAGCUGGAUCAGGAGAAUCUAAUCCAAGUGUUAUUUACAGUCAAAGCCAUAAAAGUGAUGAAGAAGAGACGAGAAGCUGUGUCUACAGUCUGUCCAAAACUAUCCAGAGCUCCUCUGAUGCUGGGACUUACUACUGCGCUGUGGCCACAUGUGGAGAAAUCCUGUUUGGUGAAGGAACUACAGUGGAGACAAAAAUUUCAAGAGAAGAAUGGACACCAGUUGUGAUUGUCCUCGGGUCACUGUUGGCUCUCUGUGUAAUUGUGAUUGCCAUCCUCAUCUUCUCAAGAGACUAAAGGAAGGUGAAAUAGAGGCGUUGAACAACUCUACAGCUGGUCUUAUCUACGAUGAAAUCGAGAAGGGGAAAGAGACUGUUAUACAUAUGUCUGACAAACACAUUGUUCUAUGUAGGAAUUAAGCUGUCUAAAUUUUGUUCAUUUAAAAAAAGGUGUGCUUAGUUAAUUUACCUUAAAGCUGAAUCAUAUAUUUUUCAUUUUAUAAAGAGACCUGGCACAAAACAAGGUGAUUGGUUGCUCAAAUGUCUGUCAGAGCCGAUGAGCUCCAAAGAGAAAAGAAAAACUACAGAGGCAACAUACUCCAGACAUGAGACUACAAAAGAUACAUACACAUGUCUCCGUAUGAUAAACUGCAUGUUUUUGAUGUACACAGAGACCUUCUAUGAGACAUCAGUG